UAUACAUCUACGUACCAGAUUGGCUCGCAGGUUACAUCAUAGUCAUGUCUGAACGCGUGUAUUGCAUGAAUCCACUAACCUUUUCCCUCUUUUUUUCUUAUUUCAACAGGCCGCAGACGAGAUCCUGGGUCCAUUGUAUGGGCCGCAGCCCUAUGAGGUUUCGUUUGGGUCCAAGAAGUAUCCCACACCCACCCGAACUCGUGCCCUCUCCAACCAAUCUUCUACCAUAACUACUGGCACCAACCCUUCUUCCCCAAUUACAGAACUCCAUCCUGUCUCAACCAGAGACACCGAACUCACUUUGACUACACCCAAAUCGCCAAAGUUUCCAAAGUUUCCAAAGUCACCUAAGUCGCCUAAGUCGCCUAAGUCCAUUAGACCUCAAACUGCAGAUUCCCAUCGUCCGAAUCACCGCCAGUCCAUCGAAAAAUUAAAGAGCAAUAUUCAAUCCGCCAUUGGCCGUACUCGCCGCCGCCUCAGCAGCAUGUCGGAGAGACCCCUAGAAGCAAUCAGGCGUGCAACCAAGGCCGCAGACCGAUCCCCCCAUCUUCGCAAGAGGAACAUCGGCAAGACGGACACCGUCGACUCCCUCGACACUACGGGCUUUGGUGGUUCGUACCACCACGGUGGUCCCUAUGACGCCACCUUGGCUUCCCGAAACCGGGACAAGCGCUAUGCGCCCGUCGAAGCCGUUAAGUACGGCAACAGUAUGGCGUUGAAGGCGACACCUCGAGAGCAUGUAAUGGACUCUCUUGAACGACACGUCCCUCUUCAGGGAACAGCAACCAUUCCUCCCGGUGAACGGGACAUGAGUGGACACAUCAUGGAUUACGAGGAAGGCGCAGAUCUUAUGCGAGAGCGAGAUGCGCCGGGUGGUCCGUAUAAGCGAUGGGACCAUAUUCAAUACCAUCCCAACGACCUAAAGGGCAAAGGAGAGCCCUCUUACACCAUCGAGGAGGACCUAAAGAAACACAAGCGCCACAGAUCGCUCCAGCAGCAACCCAAUGCCUACGAGAUGCAGCCGUCGACCUCCCACGCCUCCGGCAGACGAUCUGCCUCAAAGAGCAACCGCGACAAUCUCAAUGUCGAGGCCCGCCAACGCAGCAUCAGCCUCGGCGCAGCCGGCCCCUCCUCCAGUUCCGCCAAGCGCUUCAGCGACGGUAUGAAGCGUCGCAUCGGCAGCUUCCGUCGACGACACGAGGAUGCUUAGAGUGGACUGGGCACUCUAGUUAUGAUUGAAAGAAGAGAUGCGCAUUGUAUCGCGCCAGUCGACCAGUCUGCUGCGUUGGCAUUUAUCAGGGGCACCAUUGCCCAGUUCCCUCCCUUUUCCCUCCCCCCUCACCCCACCCCACACCCCUUUUUUUUUUCUUUUCCAGGUUCAGUUAGAAAUUCACGCUGCCCACGUCUUUCGUGUACAAUAUGUACAUAUGUGAUAGGAACGGGCGCGGUCUCCUGGUUUGGGGAUUUUCAUUUUUCACGGUUUAAGGGGACGGCCCCAUGGAUGGACGGAAGGAAGUAAGGGGAAAUAAAGGGUUCCGGGAAUACUCGAAAUGGCUAUUUCGAAGGACGGCAGGAUCACAAGAUCCGGAUGGAUACCUAGGCAGGGAGGUACUGUGUAGGUGGGCGCCUGGAGGUAUGCAGUUUUACCUGCAUACAUGCACACCCCCUAGGUACGGUACAUUAGGUUUAUAGUACCUGAAUAGGAAUGAUACCU